AAGUGGUAUAAAUGAGUUCGGAAUUAGUUGGACACCAUCACAAUAUCGCCGCAGCAUCCAGUCGCCACACCGACACCUAAUACACCAUGAAAUUCAUCAUUGUGAUACUCGCCGUGGUGGCGUCCGCGUGCGCAUCCGAAGAACAGAUCCGCGACAAGCGCGGUGUGUUCAGCCAGCCCGUGGCCCAUGCAGUCCACGCCGCUCCCGCGUUUAGCACCCACGCAGUCCACGCUGCUCCCGCGUUUAGUGCCCACGCAGUCCACGCCGCCCCCGCAUUUAGCGCCCACGCAGUCCACGCCGCCCCCGCGUUUACCGCCCAUGCAGUCCACGCCGCCCCCGCGUUUACCGCCCAUGCAGUCCACGCCGCCCCCGCGUUUACCGCCCAUGCAGUCCACGCCGCCCCCGCGUUUGGCACCCACGCAGUCCACGCUGCUCCCGUGUAUAGCGCCCACGCAGUCCACGCCGCCCCCGUGUUCAACUCCGUGCACGCAGUUCCCUCGUUCAGUUCCCAUGCCCACGCCGCGCCUGUUCAACACUUUCCCGUGGCAUCCUACAGCUCUCACUCCACGCCUUUCUUUUCCGCGCACUCGGCUCCCGUGGUGACCACUAGCCACCACCACCACGUGCCCGUGGUGAGCUCGCAUGUGCACGCGGCUCCCGUGGUGCCCGCCGCCUCCUAUUUUAAGGCUACACCCGUACACGCUAAGUACGUAUCCGCUCCUAAAUACGCCGCUGCUUGGUAAUACGUGAUUUUUGUUAUUUUUGUACCAAAUAAAGUUAUCGUUUAAAAAACCGUCCAAUUUUAUUGUUUUAUUUAACAAUGUU